UCCGGCGUAGCGGACGCUGGUUUCAAGACCGCUGGACGAAAAUAAAACGGUCGCUGUGUUCGUGCUCGGAGGCGGGAGGGAUGUCGGAGCCGCGGGCGCCGAGGUUCAGUGAUGCGGCGCUGAAGGUGUUGGUGGAGCAGGUGAGGGCCCACAAGGAGGUUCUCUUCCCCUCAGAUGGGAGGAAGAUGCCUCGGCAGACGCUGCGCCAGGCCUGGAGGGAAGUGGCACUCUAUGUCAACCUCAAGAGUAUUACUCCCAGGACCUGGCUGCAGUGCCGCAAGAAGUUCAACGACCUAACCCGCACUGCACGGGACAAGUUGGCACACAAACCAAGGAAUCCGACUUGUAGUGGGGAACGGCCAGCCUCCAUUCAAGCCACCACUCAGAUGGAGCAGGAAGCUCUGGACAUCGUUGAGAUAUACAGCAGGAGAAGCAUUGAGAAUGGCGAGGCUGGAGGCCAAGUACCACAGGAUAUAUCCCAUUACUUGGGCCUUUCUGGGCAGGAGAUGGAGGAGGACCACCUGACUGAAGAUGCAUUGUCACCAGCUCCAUCCUACCAAUACACCACUGAACUCAACGUUUCCAGUGUGAGAGAUGGGACAGAUGGAUCAGCUCGAAGUGAAUUAUUCAGCAGUAGUGAGCAAGAUCUGGCCAUGGUGGAAAGGACAGUACAGGAGACAGAUGACCGAAGGGCAAGCUCCGAAUCGAGCUACACAGAGGAACACAGAGACAUGGAUUUGAGUGGUCCAGCAUUUAAAAGAAAAAUCUUCCAUGUUCAUCAUCAGUUACUUGAAGCUUUGGACAGUCUGUCUAGGAGCUGCCUAACACUGUCAGAGAGUGUAGAAGAGUCUGCUUCCAUACUGUGUGGUGUUCUGCCGCAAGGCCUCACUACUCUGCAGAAUACCAUGGAGAAUGUGGCCAACGCUUUGGAUGCUACAGUGAAGCCCUCUGUUCAGGAGUCAGUGAGCCCUGAAUUAGCAUCAUUGAUUGAGGCUCAGACUGGUGCCAUUCAGGCUCUGACCUGCACCAUUUCCUCUGGCCUGGAAAAGUUGGGGGGAUGUAUUGAUAGGGGUUUUAAUCAUGUCACAGAACUCCUACAGUCUACUUUCCCACAUGUCGGUGAUAAUGUUGAAUCACAGUCCCGUGGUAAUGGCACAAUGGGAGAGGCAUAUACUGCUGUUUCUCGUAACAAUAGUGUGCCUGCUCCUUUGCCCUGCCCUCAAUUCCAGGCUCCUCCAGUGACAGGAACAACACUACAGUCAAUGGUUAGGCCCCCUCGUGCUCAAACCCUGAGAGAUCGACGAUCAUGAACAUUUCAGAAGCUCUGACUGAGGCACAGUAGCCUUUCACCACAUAAGCUGAAACCACUGGGGAAUCCAUGUAAAAGAGUAGCAAGGAAAUCACUUAAAGCAUGUAGGAUGGCACUAGAGUGCUCAUGUAGGUUCCAUGGUAUCAAUAAAGUGCAAAAUACUUUGCAGUUUUAACUUUGA